AGAUCGAGGAAGGUGAAAACCUAAGCGGUUGUGGUCUCAAGUUUGUCUGAUUGUUGAGGAGUCGGAAAAGUAUUAUCAAAGAAGCCGAAGAUGUUAAAACGAGUUAGGAGGCGAUCGAGUAAACAUCAGCUCAUAGAAAAACCUGAAGAUUUAAGUAAUUCAGGGAAGAAAGACAGUCCAUCGAACGAAGAGGUUUUAGAAAGAAUUAUCUCGGAGCUUCGAACUGAGGUGACAACUCUUAAGGAACAGCUGGAACAAGAAAAGAAAGCCGGGAGUGAUGUGAAGAGUUUGAAAACACAACAAAUAUGUACUCUUACAUUUAAACUGGCAAAUGCAGUGAGACAGAGAGAGUUAGCCGAAGGAGAACUAGCUAAAGUGAAAAAAGAAAUGGAAGAGCUAAAAGAGGUGUUAGGAGCACAACAUGAGGAACUGAAGGCUGAGGGUGAGGAAGGUGGGAAUCAUGGCAGCGGGCAGCAGGAGGAAUCUGUCCCACAAGAGUGUGCUGUAGAAGAAACGAGCGAAGUAAACGAACAAGAAAAGAUAGCUAAAGAUGACACCAUAGUUUUGUCUUUUCCUGAAAAGGACGAAAGAAACGGACUGGAUGAUUUUGUGGAGAAUAGAGAGGUUUUUUCAUCUUUCGACAACAAAUGCGAUAAGCUUUUAAACGAUGACAGUUUGCAUGAAGACUGGCCAACAGAAGUACACAGUCAAGACAUUCCUUGUGUUAUUGGUUUAUUGAGUUCGUCAUUAGCAUUGACUGAUGAGGACUAUACAAAAGGGAAUUUGUCCAUUCGAGAUAAAAGUGAAGAUGUCCGCCAAGUUGAUGCAUCAUUGCAGAGUUCGUUGUCCGGACCGUCUGAUACAAAUGAGGAAAGUCCUAGAGAAAACGGUGAAGAACUGGAGAAGAUUCGGGAAGAUGUUUGCCAAGUACAGGAAAACGCAAUUAAAUUGUCAGACACAAGCUAUGAGUUGGUGGAGGAUACACAGAAUGCUACUAAACAGAAAAAUAAUACCUUAGAAACAUUAAGCCCAUGUUCAGUACAAAAAUUUCCGCGAAUUUUCUCAAAGAUUAUCGAGGAAGAUCAGAUUUCAUCCCCACCUACCCUUCCCAAGGCUACUGAUUACACAGAGGAAAAGUUUGGAACGUUACUGACGGAUAAUAGAGCAACUAAUCAGAGCCCUCUCUCGUUCUUUGGGGAGGCCGACGAAGAACCAGAUGUUCACCUUAAGGACUUUUUGAAAAAGGAAGGUGAAGAAAAUUUGACAAGCGGGCCCGGAACAGUGCAAGAGGGAACAACUUUAGAGAGUUUUCUCAAGAACGAACCGGUUCUCAAAGUUUUUGAAACUGGUGAUUACAAAAGUUCAGACAGGAUUUCCAUGAUUUCCAAUACUGCCGAAAAUGCCACAGAAAAUUACAUCCGAAAGGGCAGCGAAAACGAGUUCUUCUCCCAAACUGUGAGCCAAGAGGUCGAGGAUUUGAAGCAACAGUUAAAAAGUGCCAUGCAAAAGAUUGAAGAACUGAGAAUUGAAAACAAAGAAAUGAAAAAAGAAAUUGAAAACCUAUCCUCCUCAACAGCCGAGAAAGCAUUCCUUUUGAAAACAACAAAAUUUACGGAUCGAUUAUUGCGAGACAUGAAAGAAAGAGAAGCAAAGGUGCAUGUCCCUCAGCUUAGGUCAUCUGCCUCAGACAAAAUUGGAUUGGAAAGGGAAUAUGGUCAUACAGGACUCCCAGCGCAAAGUCAAGUUGGGUUAACAGGAGAUACUCGAAGAAAGACGUCCAUACCAUUGAAGAUCAUCGGCGAAAAAUUGAAAGAAAUCACAAGGUCAGUGGAAAAUAUGGCUAUGGAUCCAGAAUCAUGCGAAGAAACCUCCACAGAUGUCUGCAAGUCAUAUUUUGUGGAUUUGAAGUCGCCAUAUCGAAACUAUCCUUUUGAAAUGGAGGAGCCUUUAAUCAGACCAUCAGAAUCUAAAACAUUUAGUGCACAAAGCUCACCAUUUUAUCAAGACAAUCCAGGGCAAACGCAAAGGGGAUGUUAUACUUCUGUGCAGAAACUUGGGGAGGAGAAUCUAAUCUCUCCAAAAACAUUUCAGCAACAGCUCAUAGAGAGAGAUCAUGGCCAGGGAGAAAACGCGCUCAAACUUACCGAUGGACUCACGCAUGCGCCGGAACGGUGUGUCUAUGAAAGCCCCCGCCGCAGGUGGAAGCUUCAUGUCGAUGCUCCAGACUACGUUCAGCGGUACGUGGUCCGCUCUUCUACUCAUAUCGCUAACAUGCGAGACCUAAAACCAGAAGAAAUUGCUUUCUAUUCAAAGAAAACUUAUAAGUAAGCGGCUUGUCACUUCAGAUUUUGUUUACAUACAAACAUGAGAUUGGUCCAGCCUGCUUCCCUUUCACAGAGGUUUCCCACUUUUUACAAACAUUUGUGUCAUGGUGGCAUUGUCUU